AAGUUGGGAAGUCAUGGAAUAACUUUAAGAAAGAAUUACAGUGAAUGGCUUUUUAGAUUUUGGGUAAUGUAUGUUAAGAAAUGAGUACAAUUUGAAAUAUCUGUAUUGAUGCUUAAAACAGUAAAAUCUCAAUUACAAACAACAACAAAAAAACCCCCAAAACGCAGACAAUAGAAAAAUGAGUAAAAGAUUUGAAAGGCAGACACAAAGGAAGAUAUUGUAAUAGUAAAUAAGCAUAUGGAAAAGUGUUCCAAUUUGUUAGUAAUCAGAAAUGCAAAGGCCAUUAACACCCAUCUGAUCAGUAAAAAUUUUAAAGUCAGACAAUAGCAAGUGUUGGAGAGAAAACAGCAACAGGAACUGAUAUCCAGCUGGUGGGAGAGGACACUGGGAUGAAUGCUCUGGGAAAACAGUUGGGUGUUGGUUAGUAAACCUGACACACCCUGUGACCCAGCAGUUCCACUCUCAGGACUGUCUUGACAAAGCUGAACACCUGCACCAGGACCUGCGUGAAUGUUCACAGCUGUUUGGUCACAGCUGUAAGAGCUAUCAGUGCUAGAGUAGGCAAAUAAUUACACAUUCAUGCCUGAGACAUGGCAUGGCAGUGGAAAUGAACAAAUGGUAGUUACGUACAACAACAAUCUCAAUACCGAGCAGAUGAAGCAAAAUCAAGUAGUGUGAUUCCAUUUAUGUAGUGAAAAUGCAAAUUCUUGCUUAGGGAUUCCCUACAUAGAUGAUAGAACUAGAAAGAAAAGGUAGGAGAUGCUUAUUGCAUCUGUUAAUAGUUAUUGCAAAAGUUAAUAGUAAAGAGUUAAAAAGUCAACAAUGAUUAUCUUUAGGAGAGGGAGGAGGGUAUGAAGUGUGGAAGGGGUUGGGGCAGAAGUGGCAGUUUCCAUUUUUUUGAACUGUGAGUUGGUAAUACAUACCCUGUAAUUAUUUGAGAAAUUGAACAAGAAUGUUCUGCUCCCUUUUCUGUAUAUUAGGUGCAUCUCAGAAGGAUUAACAGAAAACCAAAGACCUGGGUGUACCUGCCCAGCGUGGUUCAUCUGCCCUCUGCCCAAGAGAAAGCCCUUGUCCAGAGACAGCAGGGUUCACAGCAGAGAAAGAGUUUAUUCCAUAUAAAGCCCUAAGUGGGAGAUUUCCCUCAAAUCCACCUUCCUGAGAAGUAGGGGGACAGGGUUUUGAAAGACAUUUUGGUGGGCAGAGGCUUAGGCAACUAGGGUCUGUUAAUAGGCUGGUUUCGGGGGGAAUCAGCAGUCCUGUGGUAUGGGUAGCUGUCUGGGUGGUUCAGCCCCUCCACUGGAAUCCACUUCCUUGAGUAGGGGUCUGAGACCAGUUAGAGUCAGUUCUUUGGUCUGGGUGGGUUAGUCAAUCCACUGGAAUGCAGUACUUGGAAAAUAUCUCAAGAACUACCCCUGGGUUCUGAACAGGUGAUGUUAUUUAUGGAGAAAAGUUAACAAUCUUUAUGGCUACCACCUGUGCCCCUUAGAGCAGGCAACUAGGGGACGUGACUAUUAUUGAGCAAACGAGGGGACGGUGGCUGAUUAUUAUCUUUUUAGCUAAGCCUGCUCCUUCACAGAGUUUGAUUAUUAUCAUUAUUUUAGACAGGCCUGUUCCUUCACGGAAUUUUGGGGGCUCUUAUUCUUGUUCGUUCUUUGCAUCCCUUUACCAAUUUGUAAGGGCGGCUUCAUGGGGAUUGGAACAACUGUGUGUCAAUUCAGAACCUAAAUAUUAAUGGGGAUGAGGCUUCAGUGCAAGGCUGAGACCGAAAAAUGUGAGUGGCCCACCCUGGAAGGGACACCAGGUGGCCACAACAGGGUCCAGCUUGUGCUACAGGCCACUUUUGGGAGGGUACUAGUCUGAAGUCCAAACUGAGGUGGUAACUAGGGCUCUCCCUGGAGUUGCAGACUACAUUGUAUUUCUGAUGUUUUCCUCCCCACACCUCAGCUGUGAUGCUGCUGCACUGUUGCUAAUGCUGUGUGAGGUAAUGGAGACUCCCUCCUCUUCCAGGAAGCCCAGUGCGGGGCUCCUACACUGGUUGUCUGAUUUUCCCUCCCCUGGCUCUGGGAUCCUGGUGGAACUCUGGAAGUCAUGCUGUCUUUGUUUCCUCAUAAUUUGCCUUUCCCUGGCUUACCCACAGGCGUUGUUUCUGGAGGGGCUGGAAACUGCUUCGUUACUUGUUCUUGGGUUCAGGCAGUGCUUGUGACAGGUUGGGGCAGUUCAGGAACUAAUCUGGGCUCCAUAUGACACCCCAAAGAGUUCCUGGAUCAGUCCUGGGGCACUAGGUGACAAAGGACAUCUAGAAUGUACCUUGUGAAGUGUGGACUUACAAGAUCCAUCCCUGACUCAGCUGGAAGGACAAAAGGACCAAAUGGUGGAGCAGAAAGCAGAGCUGGGUGGUGAAGAGUAGGAAUCAGGUUAUCUAAGUGUCAGCUCACAGUGCCCACAGGAUGUACCUGGCCACCCACUAGCCUGAGGCAUGGGUAGGCCUGGAAGUCAGCAAAUAUUGACCUAGUGUCCCCAAGCCCCACCACCUGCCACACCUAGCCAGAGCUGGGCCCCCUCAGCCAGUCUAGUUGUGGUGCUCAGAGCCAACCAUGCCCUCUGGGGGUAUUGAAGGGCUCUUGCUGCCCCUGGAAAGAAAGUAGGGGGAGGUGGCCUGGACCAACACAAGCUCAAGACACCUUCCCUACGAAGCCCAGUGGCAGCCCAGAUGGUGUGGAAGGCUCCCAGGAGGUGCUCAUGACAGUAAUUCCCUUUCUGGGUUGCCCUCUUCCCUUCAGCGACCAAGGCUGUCCACUGUCACUCACAGCCUUGACUGAUGGCAGCCUUGAGGAGCUAGCUAGGCUUGGUUCUGGGCCUUUGUUCCCUGUGUGAUCUAGAGCAAGUUGCUUCACUUCCUUGAGCUGCAGUCAGUUCCUCUGUCAUCCAGUGCAGGUUGUGAAGUUUCAACCAGCUAAUCCACACAAAGCCUCUGGCACUUAAGAGAGCUCCUUUAGUCACUGUUGGAUCACAGACCUUGCCAUAAAGGGCUCCUUCCUAGGAUGUGGUGUGACAGGGAAAGGGGAGCAGAGCCCCAGAGGAGGGAAUAUCUGCUUUCCCAGCUGAAGGUUCAAAGAAUAAGGUUCUGGGGGAAGCAAAAAGGCCCUGAGGGACCUGAUUUCAGAGAUAUCAUGGGCCCCGCCUGGUUGUGAAGACCCAUCAGGUCAGGGGCAAGAGAGGGGUGUUGUGGGCAACCUGGGUUGGGAUGUCUGGGCCACAGAACUCUGGCUAAUCUCAAAUUCAGGCUGGCCCAGUCCUCCUUCUGGAAGCAAGAGUGGUCCAGGCAGGACAGAGUCUAGUCCAGACUCUGGGAAAAUCGUCCCAGGACAUCCCACUCCCAAGGACCACCUCCCUCCCGCCUUUGCCCUACCCACACAGCAGCCCUUGUAUCUCUGUUGCUGGCAUGCAGAUGAUGCUGCCAACUCUAUCAUUGACACUUCUCAUUUGACUUCCAUUUCCUCUUUGCAGAAAGGAGUAAUCACUGCUUUUAUAGGGCUGUUAAGGGAGUCAGAGAACUUAUGUUGAAUCCCUGGCACAAAGACUGGUAUAGAGCCUAGUAAUUGUUAAUCUCUCUUCCCUCUUUUCUCUCCUACACUUCUAGCUGUGUGACUUUAGACAAGUGUUCUGACCUUUCUGGUUAACAUCUGCAAAAUGAAGAUAAUGCUUAGUACUCCACGGUGCUUGUGGGAGUUAGUCAGUGGGUGAAAGGUCCUUGGAAAUUCUUAGGUUAUGGUGCAAAAGACUCUUUGGCCUAAGCACAAAACAAUGACAGGUAGGGUGAAUGCCAGUGAACUGGGCACCAUUGGGUCUUGGUGAGUUGGAGAUGGGGGUUGGGCUAGUUUCCUAAGGAGCUAGGGAGCUGUUGAAGAUACAUAUGGCCAUGGCUGAGCUCUAAGUGACAGGAGAGCAGACCUUGGGGAGCUCCUUGGGGUUGCUUCUCUCACCUCAUCGCUGGGUCCUGGGCCUCUUACUCUAACCCUCCCAGGCUCCCUCAGCUCAGGACCCCUGCUGGGCCUUUUCCAUUGACUGGAGUCUGUCCCUUUAAGGCAGACACCUGAGCCAAUAAAGUAUGUGACCAUUCCUUCCUUGGCAGGGUUUGUUUCUCACAGCUGGGCUGAGGGGCAUGGGGUAGCAGGUUGACAGUUGGACUGGGCAGUGACCACGCUCUGAUCUGGGUUGCUAUGCAAGAAAUCACUUCCUUUCAUGGUCCUGGGUUCUGAGAGGCCCAGAAUUGGAGUAGUAUUAAUGAUACGCUUGAUGCCUACUUAUAGUAUUCAUCACAAUCAUUGCUACCACUUAUUAAGCACCAACUGUUUUUCAGGUACUGAAAACUAGUACCUCUUCCAACCCCCUUUUAAUUAAGACCCUUGGAAGCUCUAAGCCAGUGGUUCUCAACCUUCAUAAUGCCGCAACCCUUUAAUACAGUCCAAAAGGGUCACGACCCACAGGUUGAGAACUGCUGUUAAGCACUGACAAAGUUUUAGUGUCUCAUAGACAAUAAGUGCCUGUCCCCCAGCAACACGUAGUUAAAAGUAUAAACUAUGGGGUGGUGCCUGUGGCUCAGUGAGUAGGGUGCCGGCCCCAUAUACUGAGGGUGGUGGGUUCAAACCCAGCCCCGGCCAAACUACAACAACAAAAAAUGGCCAGGCAUUGUGGUGGGUGCCUGUAGUCUCAGCUACUCGAGAGACUAAGGCAAGAGAAUCGCUUAAGCCCAGGAGUUGGAGGUUUUGCUGUGAGCUGUGACGCUACGGCACUCUACCGAGGGCGACAAAGUGAGACUCUGUCUCUAGAAAGAAAAAAAUAAAGUAUAAACUAUGCUGAACUCUGAUAUAUGAUAAAGAAGUACAACAAAAUCCAAACUUUUUCUAUGUUGACUACUUCAAUGAUGUUGUUUAUAUAUUAACAAUGGCUUAUUUUUUUAAUUAAAUCGUAGCUAUGUACGUUAAUGUAAUCAUGGGUCACCAUGCACUGUUUUUUUUUUUUUGUCGUUUUAUAUAUUUUUAUUUUUGAGGGAGCAUGCAUUCUUGAAUUAGCCUUAAUUAAAUACAUAAAUGAUACAACUUGACUGCAGAUGCACUGGUUUUAUAUACAUUUUUUUGGAUUAUUUUUAAGAAGUCAUGAGACCACUAUUUUGCUGGUGCCUUCAGCACAUACCCACUGUAUCUUACAGGUAACCCAGUCUUGAGCUGCCAAUGUCAGAAUAACCUUACUAAGAGAUAAGAAUUUUCAUCUUUUUUUUCAGAUAAGACUCUGGACAGUCUGGAAAGUCCAGGGGCUUGUUCAAAGUCACCCAGUUAGUAAAAUGGCAGGCCUGGUGUGACACCUCCUCCUUUCAACCAGUUACCCUUGUGUUCAGUCUGGUUUAAGAGCACAGACUUGACUUGGACUAUCAGGGCUCAAAAGCCAGUGUCACCAUUCACUAUUUACCAGCCAGUGUCCCUGGGCAAAUCUACUCUUCCUUUUGUGUCAUUUCCUCCUCUGUGAAGUGGAAAUAUUAAUAAUUGCCACUUCAUGCUGGUUGUAAGGGUUGAACUGUGCUGGCUCAGUGCAGUAAUGUCUCCUACUUACCCGUUGUCUAUACAACACUGGGCUUCUUCUAAGCACCUGUGUCAGUUCACUGAAUCCUCACACCUCCCUUUUUAUAGAAGAAACUGAGGCAGUGAGCGGUCAAGCAACUUCUCCAAGGUAACACAGCUAGGAAAUGGUGGCCAUGGUAAGAGCUUGAAAACAGGUGCUGUUGGUCAAACUAGUCAGCACUCCUGUGAACUGUCCCGGUAGUGGCACUUAUUGCUGGGGACUGGUGCUGACUUCUAAUGCCCUGUGAAACCACUCUUACAAAUUGAUAAAGGAGUGCCAGAUAUGAACUAGAGUAAGGGCCACUAAAGCUCUGGGAAGGAACAGGUUUAGGUAAAAUUAUAAUAAUCAAACUGUGGAGGAGGCUUAGAUAAAAUAAUAAUAGCCACUGUCCCCUUGUUUGAUAAUAGUCACUGUCUCCUUGUUUGCUUCUCUAUAAUUGCUAUUCUAGAGGACACAGGUGGUAGCCAUAAAGAUUUUAACUUUUUUUCUGAAUGUCAUCUCUGUUCAGAACCUAGGGGUCAUUCUUGAGAUACCUUCCAGGUCUGCAUUCCAGUAACCUACUCAGAUCAAGGAAGUGACUCUAACUGAUCUUGGGCCCCCAACUCAAGGAACUGGAUUUCAGGAAUGGGCUGAGGCACCCAACAGCCAUCCAUACCACAGGACUGCUAAUUCCCUCUGAAGCCAGCCCAUUAACAGACCCUGGUUGCCUAAUCCUCUGCCUACCGAAGUGCCUUUCAAAAUCCUGUCCCCCUAAUUCUCGGGAAAGUGGAUUUGAGAGAAUUCUCUCAUCUCCCACUUAGGGCUUAUAUGGAAUAAACUCUGCUGUGAACCCUGCUGUCUCUGGACAUUGGCUUUCUCUUAGGUAGAGGGCAGAUAAACCUGGCAGGGCAGCAACACCCGGCCUGGGCGUGCCCUGGAGGGCAGGGAAGCUUCGUGGCACAGGGGUCCUGGAGCCUGUGUGCUUCCCCUUCAGCUUUGCGUGGGGUGGCCUGGCAGGAGGUAGGUGGUUAGGAGGAACCAGGGCAUGGGCGGCGGGGCUGGGGAAGCACUCACUGGCCCCGCCCCAGCUCUGGCCUGGGGGCGCACCAUGGUGGGGCGGAGCUGCAGGGAGCCUGUAAAAGCUGCGCAGGCCCAGGGCUUGGCAUUGUUGGCAAUGGCGCGUCCAAGGCUCUUACUGGUGCUGUGCCUGUCCCUGGUCACGCUCUGCCUCCUGGAGUUGCCCUGCAACUUCAUGGUUCAGGGGGACCGCCAGGUCGGAGAACGCGUGGACAUGUCGCCCAGCGACCCACAGGUGCAGAAGGUAACGCAGAUGGCCGUGGCCACCUACAACAGGGGCAGCAACAGUGCCUACUACUUCCGCGACACGGAUAUCAUCAAGGCGCAGAGGCAGCUGGUGGCUGGCAUCCAGUACUUCCUGACUGUGCUGAUGGGGAGCACAUCCUGCAGGAAGAACACAGUGACUGAAGACCGCAUUGCCACCUGUCCCCUGGCUGUAGAUGCACAGCAGGAGAAGUUGCGCUGUGACUUUGUGAUCCUAGUGGUUCCCUGGAAGAACUCUUCUGAGCUUCUAAAGUCUAAAUGUUCGCAGAUGUAAUAGUGCCUGAGGGCAGGGGCCAGCAGGAGCUGGGCAGGGGGAUAGCCUUGGUGGAGGGCACUUCAGGUCCAUGGACCACAUCUGUUGCAAUAAAUUAUCAGCAAUACUCCUUA